UCCCUCUCCCUCUCCCUCUCCCUCUUUCUUCUCUCAGCAGCCACUUUGUGUUCUCCACAAGCAUCAUCAUCAUCAUCAGAACCAUCAAACUCCCCACUUCUAGCUUCAGAAAUGGACUCCCCCACAUUCUUCAAUAAACACUUCAUGAGUGAUAUUGAUCACGACGAUUACAACAACAACACCACGACCUCCACCCCUGAAAACAGCUCCGGCUCCCCUCCUCCUCCUCCUCCUCCCGCCUUCAACGACGUCGUAUUCUCCAAGAUCGCUGCCGCUUCCUCCCCCAAGAAAAGUAGCCGGCGAGCUUUACAGAAGAGAGUAGUGUCCAUCCCCAUCAAGGAAAACAGUAACACGAACACUCCUCCGCCGUCGGAUUCCUGGGCCUGGAGAAAGUACGGCCAGAAACCCAUCAAGGGCUCACCUUACCCCAGAGGAUAUUACAGGUGCAGUAGCUCAAAAGGAUGCCCGGCGAGGAAGCAGGUGGAGAGAAGUCGAGCGGAUCCCACCAUGCUGAUGAUCACCUACUCGUCGGAGCACAACCACCCCUGGCCGGCUUCUAGAAACCACCACGGCUCGAAAUCCGAAGCCAAAAUAACCGAGGCCACACGGGAGGACGAGGAGACAGCGGCGGCGGCCCAGCCGGACCCCGAACCGGAAGAGAGACAGUUCGCGGAUCUUGCUGGCGACGAGGGCUCGGCGCUGGUCAUCAUCCCGAGCGUCGCCGACGAGUUCGGGUGGUUUGCUGCGGACAUCGAAACGACGUCGUCGCGUGUGCUGGAGAGCCCGAUUUUCGCGGAGAGCGGUGGGGCCGACAUGGGUGACGUGGCGGGAAUGGUGUUCCCGAUGGGCGAGGAGGACGAGUCGCUGUUCGCCGAUCUGGGCGAGUUGCCCGAGUGCUCCCUUGUUUUCCGGCACCGCCGUGUAGGAGGCGGAGGUGUGGGACCACAAGCUCAGAUCUGUUGACACGUGUUUUCAUCUCUCAUUUUUUACUUCUUUUACUCUUUCCUUUUUUACACACACUCUUGUCUCUUGCAGUAAAUACAAAAAGAGUUUUGUGUCAUUCAACCAAUUAGGGAGUUGGGGGUUGCAAAGGAGUAUCGUACGCCAUAAGAUACCGGAACUUUUUCUCUUUUCAACAAUUAUUUUUUUCCUUUUUUUAAGUUUCCAUUUUUAGUAAUAAACUAUUUUCAUUUCUAAUU